CUGAACAUGACCAAUACACGUAAGCAGACCGAGGCUUUCUUACAUCUGGGUAAAAGUUCUCAAACUGCAGAGGAAGCCGGCUGAAAUCCGAAGGACUUUAUAGAGGUAGAAUGGCAUCUAAGGACUCCAAACCUAAUCUCACCCAUGCACAAGUGUCUGAGUUAGUUAGACGGCUGUACGGCUUGACUGACUCUGAGAUCCGUCCACUUCCAAGUUACGACGACCAAAACUUCUAUGUGUGUGUGAGCGAGGGUGGGGAGUACGUGCUGAAGGUUAUGAACUCCGGGGACAGCCAGAACCCCACUCUGCUGGAGCUACAGACCCACGCCAUGAACUUCCUGCACAAGAGGGGACUUCCUGCACAAACAGCCAUUCCCACAAAGACUGGGCAGCUCAUGAGUCUAGAGGAGAUUGACUGUGGCUGUGGGCUUCAGAAGUACCUGGUGCGUUUGCUGACUUAUUUGCCUGGUACGACUGUUGCCAAGAUUCCGCCCUCCCCUCAUAUCCUCUACCAAGUAGGGAAAAUGGCUGCCACCAUGGACAAAGCUUUCCAGGAAAUGGAGCACCCCAAUCUGAGUGUGCUGCAGAGAGAGAACUUCAUCUGGAGCCUGUCCAACAUCCCUCUCCUGGAGCAGUACCUGCCUGUGAUGGACGGAGAGCCCAUGCAGGAGGUCGUCAGCAAGGUCAUCGCUCAGUACAAGGCACAGGUGGUCCCCAAGAUGUCCGCCUUCCGGAAAUGUAUAAACCACGGGGAUUUUAACGACCACAACAUCCUGGCGACGCCGGACGGUCCCUCCCAGUAUAAAAUCUCGGGCAUCUUGGACUUCGGGGACAUGAGCCGCGGCUACUACGUCUUCGACCUGGCCAUCGCCAUCAUGUACAUGAUGAUCGAGAACCCCAGUCCGGUGGAGGUGGGCGGGCACGUGCUGGCGGGCUACGAGAGCGUCGUCGCGCUGAACGCGGCGGAGAGGGAGUGCCUCUUCCUGCUGGUGCUGUGCCGCUUCAGCCAGUCGCUAGUGCUAGCGCGCUACUCCGUGAAGCAGCAGCCCGAGAACGAGGAGUACCUGAUGAUCACGUCGCGCACCGGCAUCAGACACCUGCAGCGCCUCUGGGAGAUGGGCCAGGAACAGGUGGAGCGCACCUGGUUUGAGAGCGCCAAGACCUACCAACAGCAACAACCCUGAUCAAAGCUUGGACUGUUUACACACCUGGUUUAAGUGCGCCAAGACCUACAAACGCCAAUACUGACCAAAGGUUUGGCGGCUAACUCUCUGAAGGAAAUCUGUGAGGACUUAACUGUAAAUAUGUUUUUCCAAAAGGGCUGUGAACAAAUCCAUUCAGUAGUUCUCAUAACUUCCUGAUUGGCCCAGUAUACAUACUGGUUGGGCAUUUGGGGGAAUUUUUAAGCCAUUUGCCUUCAGUGAAAGAUGCAACACAAACUCCUCACAAACUCCACACAAUCCUCAGGACUCAUACCUGCUGAAAAAAACAGCCUGACCAGCUUAAGGUGGUUUGCUGGUUGACCAGCAUAUUAACCAGCUUGUUUGUCCACUCUAUGAUGGCUGACCAGCUAGACCAGCAAAACCUUCAGCUGGUUUCCCUAGUUUACGAUGGUAAUUCAGCUGGUCUUGCUGUUCGCACCACCUCAAGCUGGUCAAUUUAGUUGGUGUUGCUGGUCUCCGUUGCAAACCAGCAUGACCAACAAUGUCAAGCUUGGCAGGCUGGUCACCAGCAUGGCCGUCUUGCACCAGCUGUAACUUGCACGACAGACUGGUCACACCAGCAUGACCAACUUCCUCAGAUGGUCAGGCCAGCAUGUCCAGUCCUGGUGCCCUAACCAGCUACACCAGCAAAGCAAACCAGCUGCAAGCAUAAGCUGGUUUCUUGCUGUUAUUUUCAGUAGGGAUUUUAUUAACAAAGUUCUCAGUGGCACAUUCCACGUGGAAAAAUGAAGCCUUUGUUUUAUUGGUGCAUCUAAAUGUGUGAUCAUUUUUAAAACUGUAUACUAUAACUGUGAAAUACUGUACAAUCAAUCAAGCAAGCUAGUGAUCAACUCUGUGCCUUACAGUAUGUCAGUUGGAAUGUUGAAAUAAACAAACGCUCUCUUGCCAGCGUUGCU